AUGUCUUCAUCAUCAUCGCACAAGAACCGAGUGGAAGGCAUCUCCGGGGCAAUCGCGGGAUUGUUGGCGUUGCUCGCGACGUAUCCACUGAUCACGCUGAAUACGAGGCAGCACGUUCGAGAGAAGACGAAGACGAAGACAAAGUCGACGACUGGUUCGACGGGGAAAGAGGAGGUCGACUUUGAAGACGAUGAAGACGUCGAGAAGAAGACCGAGAGGAUAAAGCGCGGAGAGAAACCGAGAGUGCGAUUGGUGUUGCCGAUGGUGUCGUCAAAAACGAGAGACGAAGAAGACGAAGAUGAUUCGACGACGAUGCAAACGAAACUGGAAAAGUUGAAGAAAUUAUACGUGGGGGUGAAACCAGCCUCGAUUGGGACGGUGUGUUCGCAAGGCGUGUAUUACUAUUGGUUUUCGGUAUUCAACGGCGAAUAUUUACGCCUGAAACGAGAACGACUUUUAGGACGACAUCAGCGAGAGGAACAGAGCGUAUUUUUAACACCGAUUGAGAGUUUACUCACGGCGAGUUUAGCCGGGUGCGUGAACGUCGGGUUGACGCUGCCGAUAUGGACGGUGGUGGCGAAGAUGCAAGUCGUGUCGAAGACGUCGUCCAGUCGAGGACGGAGCAUCGGUGAGGAGAAGGACGACGAGAGUGAGAGCGAAGAGGAGGAGGCACACAAGUGGUCGGCUGUGAAAAAGAAGAAGGGUGGAGUUUCGAGUAGUGUCGAUGCGACGCGCCGCGAGAGGCGAGACGAGGCGAAAGCGCUUGGAUUUUGGACCGUGGCGAAGGAAGUGUACGAUACUUCCGGCGUCGCCGGAUUUUACGGAGGCUUAUCCGCGUCGUUGAUUAUGGUCACUAAUCCGGCGUUACAGUUUGCAAUCUACGAGACUUUGAGGCAGAAACAACGCGGUAAUAGUAAUAGUAGAAAUAGUAGUACCAACGCCAUUAGCGCUUUGGACGCGUUCUUUUUAGGAGCGACGGCAAAAAUUGGAGCCACGUUAGCGACGUACCCGAUGUUGGUGAUUAAGUCAAGGUUACAGGUUGGAAGAAGAGGCGUUGUAGGAACGACGAAGAAGAGCAGCAUCAAAGCAGAUGGUAAGAACGGAAAUAAUAGUAAAGAGUACGACGGUAUCGUAGACUGCGUGAAAGAUUUAUACACCAACGAAGGCGGCUUUUUUGCUUUUUACGACGGGUUGACGACGAAACUUUCCCAGACCGCGUUGUGCGCGGCGUUGAUGUUCUCGUCGAAGGAAGAAAUUUCGCGUCGCGUAGACGAAGCGGCGGUUCGCAUUCUACAAAGAUAUGCGAGCAGUAAGUAA